UUGAUUUAGUUGUCAAAGUCUAGUCCCUCAGCAUACUAACUUUCCCCACAUUGAGCACACAAAAGAACCCUAGCGAAGUUGAAAGUUUACUUGUUACAAUUGCUCCAAAAUGUUGGAAAUGAUCAAUGAAACCAUACCCGAGGUGGACAUGCUCAAGGUGUCCAAAAAUGCAGAGGUGCAGCGACGUGCCAUUUUGGGCUUUGCUCCCCGCAUCGGAUUGACCAUCGUGGAUUAUGGGGAUCUCGACAGGAUCGACACUUUCUAUCUGGAGUCCCAGAAGUACCGUGACUACUACCGUGAUCCCCACAACAAGCUGCACAAGCCGCUGCGAUUUAGCCUCCACCAAGGAAAGUGUGCCAUUAAGCUGGACACUAGCGUUGAGCAGCUGACCCGUCCGAUCAUAUGGACCACGGAGCGGCAGCCACUGGUCUAUCCCCUGUCGGGCGACACUGCCAUGCAUCUGGGCAUGUCAUCCCGCCCAUGA